CGAUUGGCUGCGCCGGGUUGUCAAUCGCGGGAGCCAGGUUGCAUCGGUGGCUCGGCGGCUCUGUCCAGCCGCGCGGAGCUGCUGGCGCGGCGGCGGCGCCUGGUGCAGCUGCGCGGAGCCGUCCGGCGGCCGAUGGAGCAGUGAUGCUGGGCGCGGGCAGCCGGGCGGCGGCGGGAGCCCAGCGGCGCCCUCCCAGCUGCCAGGCGGGCGAAGACGGCGAAGGCAGCCGGUUAAUCAAUAUGCAAACCAGCACUUCUUUAAUAUGAGGCGAGAAAACAACUGAAAGAAUGGCUAGGAAAGAAGAAGUAUGAAAGUCUGGGUGUGGCACAGCUAAGCAACAAGAAUAAUUAAUGCAGAGAAAAAUAGAAUGUUUUCAGCGAAGUAAGAUUAUGCACUUGAAACUAAUACCAUUAAGGAUCAUCAUUUUAAUCAGUUAUUGAUUACAGUUUGGGGACCUUCCACAUAUUCUACUCAGUGCUGUUUUUUAUAUGGUAUAGAGGCUACAAGGCCUUCACACCUCUGCAUAAGAACUGGCAUUUGUAGCCACUGGAUCUACGUAAUCAUAGACCAAAUGGCAACUCUUCUCAUGGCAUCACAGAAUAUCCCAUGUAGAGCUGGCACAGCAAGAGAAAUAAGACAAUAUUCCAAGAAAUGGAAGCUGCUGCUAUACAAAGGAAGAAAGACAAAGUAACUUCAGGGUUAAUAUCCUCUACUUGAGAUCCAUGAACAAUUAUACAGUUACUUUUCUAUAUCGAACUUUAAGGUUUGUUAAUAAUAUGCUGCCUUUGUGGGACUCAGAAAUGCUAAUGGUAAGAAGGCUAUUUAUUCACUGCACUGAAUAGAAGAGCUGCAGGAACAAUGGCUUCAAAGGUCUCAUGUUUAUAUGUGCUAACAGUAGUUUGUUGGGCAAGUGCUCUUUGGUACUUAAGUAUAACACGUCCUACUUCUUCCUACAGUGGCCAUAGACAGUUCAAUACCAUAUCAAUAGCCAGGAAAAAUGUCUCUUUUGGCAACAUAAGAACUCGACCUAUAAAUCCACAUUCAUUUGAUUUUCUUAUAAAUGAGCCUACUAAAUGUGAGAAAAGCAUCCCUUUUCUAGUCAUUCUUAUCAGCACAACUCACAAAGAAUUUGAUGCAAGACAAGCUAUUCGAGAGACAUGGGGAGAUGAAAACAACUUUAAAGGCAUUAAAAUUGCCACUCUCUUCCUCCUAGGGAAAAAUUCAGAUCCUGUGUUAAACCAGAUGGUAGAGCAAGAAAGUCAAAUUUUUCAUGAUAUUAUCGUGGAGGACUUCAUUGAUUCUUAUCAUAACCUCACCCUUAAAACAUUAAUGGGUAUGAGGUGGGUGGCCACGUUUUGUUCUAAAGCAAAAUAUGUCAUGAAGACAGACAGUGAUAUUUUUGUAAAUAUGGAUAACCUUAUUUAUAAACUGCUCAAACCCAACACCAAGCCAAGAAGACGGUACUUUACUGGUUAUGUUAUCAAUGGAGGACCAAUUAGGGAUGUCCGCAGUAAAUGGUACAUGCCUAGAGAUUUGUACCCUGAUAGCAAUUACCCACCAUUCUGUUCAGGCACUGGCUACAUUUUUUCAGCGGAUGUAGCAGAAAUGAUUUACAAAACUUCUCUGCACACUAGACUUCUUCACCUUGAAGACGUGUAUGUUGGACUCUGUCUUCGAAAGCUUGGCAUUCACCCUUUCCAAAACAGUGGCUUCAAUCAUUGGAAAAUGGCCUACAGCUUGUGUAGAUAUCGCAGAGUGAUCACUGUGCAUCAGAUAACUCCAGAAGAAAUGCACAGAAUUUGGAAUGACAUGUCAAGCAAGAAGCAUCUUAGGUGUUAAGAUUUUUACAGAUGUAAAUACUUUUUUUUUUACUUGCUUAAAGUGUAAUCUAAUGAUUUACAGGCAGAAGUAUGGAAAUAUACUUUGAGGGGUUUUUACUAAUGGAUUUUUCACUUUUAUUUAGACUCCUGGUUUACAGACUUCAGGCUCCUUUCAUAAAGGCACAAAAAUUAAAAGGGGCCAGAGUCAAAUCUAAGAUUCUCUACAUUCUCCUUGUCAGAGCAUUAGAAAUCAGCUCUUGAUAUAUAUGUACCAAAAACAUAGUUCCUAGCCAGAACUGCAGUACAAUUCAUGCCUGAGCAUCUGAGAGGGAACUCUGGUCCUCAAAAAUAAAGACUCACAGUAACACCUGUAUCUCAUCCUCCACAAGCAUGGCUUUUUGGUCUCUAUGCUUAAAUAUGCACACAAAUACAAAAUAUACCAAGUAUGUAUAUUUAUACAGUUUGAGUAGUAUAUGUUUGCACUGAUUUUAUACACCUAUACUAACAUAUGUGUUUUACAGUACAAUAUGUGCAAUGCCAGUCACUGCUGGCAGAAAGGCAGAAUUUAGCCAAGUAUGGAAUACUACAAUGAAGACAUCUGUGUAACCUCAGCAUCCUGCCUGGGAGCUCCACAGUUAAAUGUGCCACACUUGCUCUAAGCAUUCUUUCUUGAAAUCUUAGGGCCUUGUUACACACUAAUUUUAGGUGGCUCCUGGAGGUCUUAAACCCCAGAUUGUCCACACAUUAACACCUGAAACUAGUUUUAAGCUUAAAGUUAGGGCACUCCAGGGCAGGUUUAUCUCUGAUCUGUGUUACCUAGCUCAUAUUCCAUUAAUGUGUGGCCACUCCCCACAGAUGAGCUACCCAAGUUGCAGCCCCCUAACAUCCCAGGAUACAGUGUUCCCUCCACCACCCUCCUGUCCUGUAUGGAUAAAUUUGUAUCCCCUGAACUCUACUGCUCCAGGGGUGGUUCUCAAGUCAACUCCCUCUCCUAUCCCUGGGGGUAUGACCUUCCCACCCCCAGGGUUGCAAUCCUGUGCAAACAGCCUACAGAGAACACACCAGCUAGGCAGCUCCCAGGGCAUGGAUGGGUCCAGGAGUAAGGUCUAAGGGGGUUAGGGGUGGGGAACAAGGUAGGCAACCAGAUUGGGUCCCCACAAGCUGGGGCUUCCUUCCUGGGAUAAGGGUAGUAGCUCCCUCAAAAGAGCUUUCCCUCACUGCUCCAACCUCUCAGCCACUCCGGGAAGCACGAACAGCACCCUCCACACCCCAAUCCAAAUUUAUAAAAACAUGAGACCUCCUUUUAUUUAUCUCCUCUUUAUUUCUUCUAAAUUAUUAUUUUUAACUAAUUUUUAUUUUAUCCUUCAAUGGCUGACUUCCUUCAUCCCACCCCCAUAUCCUUCCCCCAUUCCCAUCUCCUUUCCCUCUUCCAUUUCAUUACCCACCCCAUUAACUAUUCACCUCCCUGCUUUAUAUUCCUACCUCUUCCCAACAUCCACAACCCAUCUCACACGGCCCUCCCCUCCCCCCCCAAAGGAGGGAUAGAAACCUGUCAUGGCAUAUCAGCCCCAUAGCAGCAACUCACACCUGUAGCUCCUAGUCACCAGCCCUCUAGUGGCAAGUCACAGUUGUGCCAGUGGGGAACAGAAGGUUUUCAGCCUUAAGGUGUGACUGAUCCAAACUUGAGCUGGCUCUAACUCUGGUCAACGCUGAGCAGCUCAAAGUGCAACAUGUCACAAGGUCCUUAUUGGGAUGCACUUAAUGCUACAUUAGGUGUUAUGUUCCAUUUUUAAUGCAUGUGGAGGAUACGUGUUGUGCUUCACUGUGGCACUCCUUGACAUUGUACUGAGGCACUGUAGACAUGCCCCAGGAUUCAGAAUACCAUAGAUCUUAGAUAUAGCCCACCCACAAAAACCAAAAUGUAUGUCCUAAAAGGUGACACGUAGGUCAACAAUUUAACACACAGUUUUCUCUCACUCUCAGUCUGAAAUAGGGCCUCAAAUAUAAUUUAUGUUAACCUUAAAUACAAUCUGUUUAAAAAACAAGACCAAGCAGCUGUGUGCAACAAAACUACAUUAAAUACACAUCAUACCCAUAUUAAUUAUAAUGAUUCUAAAAAUACCCUGGCUUUCUCUUUGUAAAAAAAGUGCAACAUAUCUCAUUAGUACUGGUAAGUACUGGUAAGUAUGUAUAUAUAUUUCUCUUUUAGUAUUAAUACUAUCUUGGUCUUGAAUUAUUGAAAUAGAUAUGUUAUGGGCACCAAAAGCUUUUUUAUAAAAUCUUUACAGUGUAUGCCACAGUGAACAUGUAAUUUUAUUGAACAAUCAAAAUGUCAAUUAUAAUAAUCCUUUCCCAGUGGGAUAUUAAGUAAAAAUAAAUUUAAAAUACACAUCGUAUAAUCCUUAUAAAGUAUUAAUUCUUAGAUCUAAUUUUGCUUUUUUAUAUAAUUUAUAUUGCAAUAAAUGGAAUUACUUCAGUUUUAUAAGGGUUGCAGAACAGAAUUUUGCCUAUGCAAAGAAAGCAAAGUCAACUGUUCUGUAAGCAACUUAAGGAGCAUAUACCAACAGUUAUAUACCUUUUGAAAGAGGAAACAGAUCUUCUUGACUUUUAGAACCAACAUGUUCUAUUUGGACCUCAGUAUAUACAUCAGCUAAAUUCUAGCCUUUUCAACAAGGUGAAGCUUCCAGUUAAGUUGUUAAUGAACCAAGAAGUCAGUGAGGCCCAGUUCAGGAUAUCAUUCCAACUCAGGAUCUCCCUGAAGCAUAGGUUUAAUUUGAAGCAUGUGUUGAAAAUAAUGGAAUUCAAGCCCAUUCUUAAGUUAAACAAUGUUUUUAAGUGCUUUCAUGAAUCAGAGCCUGGGAAAUCUCUAGGGCAGAAUUUGAUCUUCGGACUGCAUAAUCAGUGACUGCUUAAUUUAAUUUUCCUCUCUAGAUGGAAUUUAAUUUUCCUUUCCCCCUUGAGAAAUCCCUUCCAUCCCUGGCCAUUUGUUUUUCAUACUGGUACAUAUCUACUCCUAUAUCUCAGUAGUACGCAAUGAGAAUAGAUAGUAGGGCUAUAUUAAUAAUGAAAAAGUAUUUUGUUUGAGUCUCUAAGAAAUUUACUUUUACUGCCUUCCUGCCAGUGUGCUUCCUUUGAUAUUCUGCAAGUGGACUUUCUGGCAGGGUGCUCGCAUGAUCAAAUUGCAAAGUAAAUUUUCACCUAUUCACACCAAAAAUCUAGAGAAUUACUCUCAAUCACCCAGAUGGACUAAUCUCUAAUAAAAAACAAAUAAAUUAAAAAAUCAAAUACAGGGGGUCAGAAAGUAAUUUAGAAAAUAAAAUUCAAAAUGCUUGCUUUGUUUUGGGAAUGGUCAAAAUGAAACUUUUUUUUUUUAAUCAUAUUUUUUGUGAAAAUGGUUCUCUCAAAUUUCCAUUUGCUGAAAAACAGUUUUCAGAAAAUGCAAAACUUCCAUAACUCUUUUGAUGACCUAUUUUGAAACAUAUUUUUUUGGAAUAUAAUUUUAAUAUUGGCAGGGUUCUCUCCCCCCCCCCGAAGAAUUCUGGAAAGGCCUUUUUUGUACAAAAGGUUUUGUUUAAAAACUUUAACUAUUUGUAGUCACAAUAAACUGCUCACAUAGAUGACAAUGAAUUAAUUAAAAUUCUUCACUGAAUCUUUUUAGCACGUAAUUCAAGAACAUUGCUGCAUGUUAACAGACAGUUUGCAAACAUCAAAGAGGCAAAAAUUAAUCAAAAUAAUUUACAAGCUAUGGAUUAUUCAUAAAAUUACAAAUUCAGUGUUGGAGUGAAAAGUCUGAACUAAUUUUGACUUUUUAUCUGUUAUUAAUAUGCCAUAGGUGUGCAUAGCACUUUAUAAAUGAAUGAGUAAAUGAAAGUGUCUGCCCCAAGCAGCUCACAAUGUAAUGAUGCAUUCUGCUAACUUCAUUCACAUGAACAGUACCACUGAUUUCAAGGUAAUGACUUGUAAAUAAGAUGAUGGGCAUUUGCUCUUUAAAUCACAAUGCUACACUACAACGAACAAAAACACUAGAUAGGGGGCUUCAGAGUUGAAAGUGAGGUUUGUCCAGUUAUUAGUAACCAAGAGUAGCCACUAACCACCAAUUGUAGUAGCUUGUGUACCAUUGUAGAAAAAAAGAUAAAACAAUGUUGGCUAUAACCAUUGAAUUUGUUUCAAUAAAAUUAGGAUAAAUCCUUCCCAGCACACCUAGUCCUUGUUAAAGCUGCUCUUGCUUCUUGCCAAACUCUGAACUCUAAGAAAAGAAGGUUCAACUAACUGCACAUAUGAAUAUAUGUAUAUAAUAUAUAUUAUAAAUAUAUGUACACACAUUGGGUGAAAUUCACCCUUCCAUCCACAAGCCCAGGUACGUACAGGUGACUAAGUGGAGGCUGAGGGAUUCAGUUCCUUCAUAACCUGUGGGUAAACCACACGCUGCAUGUGCAGCACCACCAUAAACACUUAUUGUAUUUUACUCUAACUAGUAGAGGCUGGAAUAGUUUCUGCUGUCCUUCUACACUGUGCAGUGAUUUUUGGCCACUGGAUCCACAGAUGUAUGGACCCUGUGGCCCUACCUCCUCCCUGCUGACCUAUUUGAGGCCAGCAAAGAGACCACUCACUUUAGUAACCAUAAAGGUUGCAGGGGUCCCAUUGCUACCAACCACAAGACUAAAGAGUGGCCUGUAGGCCUUGAAUAUCCCAUUUUAUAAAUAGACUGCCUCAGACAGCCUGAAAAUUGCAUUACAUUUGGAAAGUAUAUCUUGAAAAUACUUUUUCCUGGCAUUUAUAAAUAAAUAGAUCUUUCAACUGAAAUGUAAAUGUUUAUCAUGGAACUUGUGUACAUAUUUCUAAGGCAUUUGCUUCUGUAUUCAGCUGUAGAUAUGUGUAGAAUCUGCUUGCUACGUAACAUUCUUUAUGCAUGGAUCUGGGUUAGACAUUAUAUUUGUCCAGUGUUUCAAAAGCCUUAAGCAUGUGUGCCCUAAUUUUUGAAUGUAAGAACUUUUUUAUGUCAAGUGAAUUAAAAGAAAAACUAAUUUUCUAUUUUUAUUAAUUUUCUGAUACUGGACUUCAUUAGGUUGUCAAAGCCAUGAUAUGGAUUGAUUAUUUUCUCUUGGCUCAAAAAAACCUAGUAUUGCAACCUCUAGCUGCAAAGGAAGCAAUAUGUUUGGUCAUAAAACAUGCACCUGUCCCUCUUACCCAGAAGUAUUUGUGUGGCACUGAAUACUGCUAAGUAGCAAAAAGCAGUAUUUGCAUUGGGCUUCCUAGAAUGAAAUCAAGUAUUUGUGUUACUUCAAGGUCAUUUUGUUUUAAUAAGUGCGUGACAAUUUGGAUAAAAAGUGCUGGAUUUUUAUAUCACUUUCAUCCAAAUAGUAACCAAAUCAUAUUUGGUUUUUAUUGAAAUCUAUACAAAGCACACAGCAGUGAGAAGCUGUUGGGGAAAGAAAAACAACCCCCCCCACCCCCCCUCUCUUUUGGAGAAUUUUUUCACUGUAGCUUUUUCUGUCAAAUGACUCGAGAAUAUUUAGACAGAUGACCUACGAUUCAUUUUCCACCUUUCCUAUUUAGAUUCCUAAUUGGGAUUUUUUUAAACAUAGAAGGCAAGGGCAAUUUAUAAAUGAAGAAGGUAUUUAACUAGAAAAGCUUGUUGAUAGUAAUUGAACUUUAGGUGUAUCAUUAUAUAUGAAUGGCUGUAUUUAUGUAUUUAUUUGUCAGAAUUGUAUAUAUUGUUUUAUCUACCGUGUCUGUAAAAGUGCAUUCUUUUAGUUUAAAGUAUUAUUUAGGGUUCCGUGGGGUUGCCAGUCAAACUGCUAAUCAAGAUACUAUUUUUUUGUAUAAAUGUCAAAACAAAAAAGCAGAACAAAGUCAAAUGGAAAACUAAAGGUGUCAUGUAGGGUUUACUUCACCUUUUCUCUCAAAAUGUAAACACUAUUAUCAGAAAGCACGAUGCCAAUGUAUAGACACAUCUGUCAUGACAAAGUAUUGUUCUGUAAAAGCAGAUUUUUUUUAAUCAUUGGAAAAAUAAAGAAGGAGAAACUAUUGUA